AUGUGGUCCAUGAAUAUUAUUCAAGAGUACUGUAUACGACGUUCAUCAUCGGAACGUGGCACAUGGAUAUUAUUCAAGGGAAACAGUAUAAAAGAUGUGGAUAUUUGUUCGGUUGAUGAUGUUGUUUAUGCGACUUUUCUUGGUUCUGGAGAGAGUUAUUGUAAAAUAAAGCUUAAAUUUACGGAUCCUUCAUCUGGGGUGUUUGGUAAGACCUUUAAGUUGACUCUCCCGGAGUUGGUUGACUUCCCUGAUUUCUUGGUGGAGAGAAGCCGUUAUGAUGCUUCCAUAGAAAGGAAAUGGACUACAGGGGAUAAAUGCUUUGUAUGGUGGAGAAAUGUAGAGGGAGGUGGAAAUGAAGCUGAUGAUGUUGAGCCUAAUCACCAAAGUUCAUGGGAGCUUCAUCCUCAUAAAGAUACCACUACCAGCCAAUGGGAACAACCACCCUCGUCCUUCAUCCUGACAUCAGGAGGGGUUUCCGGUUCCAUUGACUCUGGAGAUGGUUGA